AUGGAAGGGGACAACUUGGACUUCGACCCCUUGGACCUGCGUAAUGUGAUCGCCAAGCACUACCUCAAGUUGGAGCCCAACCUAGUCAAUGCUCUGCAGACUUUCAUCGUCAGCAUCUCGGCAGAGAUCGCUCAAUGGGCCCUCCAGACCAACCGCUUCAGUGUGUCCUUCUACAACGUGGAACAGAGACACUCUUUGCGCGAUCUCCGCAUGGGCAAUCUCGGGCAGCUUGUCACUAUUACCGGCACUGUGACCAGGACGUCAGUGGUCCAGCCNNNNAGCCUCAUCAGUCGACUUCACUGA